AUGUUAAUAUCAACUCGCGUGAUCGUUUUAUGGUACUGUUGCUCUGGACUGUUGAUCCCCAGACAGAUGUUGCACCAUCAGGGUCUCCUCAAGUGCCGCUGCCGCAUGUUGUUCAAUGACUUGAAGGUCUUCCUUCUGCGGAGACCCCCGGCCCCUCCUCCGCCCUCGCCGCUGCCUCUCCCUCCCAUGAGCAGAACAGACCAAGCCUUGAGUUUACAGGCGUCUAAUAACAACACGCUGACUACGCUAUAUGGAGGGCUACGGGCACCUCGGAGAGCGCCGACUGACGGGGGUGAUGGUGGUGGAGGAGGAGGAGGAGGAGGAGGAGGAGGAGGGGGCAUCACGAGCCCUCCAGAAGAAGAGUGGGAAAGCCCUGGGGGAGAGGGAGAGCUUCCCACGAUUGUGAUGAGCAGCGCCUCCUCCGACGACUUCUGCAAAGGAAAGGCGGAGGAUGGGUAUUCGCUGGGGAGCAGUUUGGAUAGUGGAAUGAGAACGCCUCUCUGCAGGAUCUGCUUUCAGGGCCCAGAGCAGGGUGAGUUGCUGAGUCCAUGUCGGUGUGACGGGUCAGUGAAAUGUACACAUCAACCUUGCCUGAUCAAAUGGAUCAGCGAGAGGGGAUGCUGGAGCUGUGAGCUGUGUUACUACAAGUAUCACGUCAUUGCCAUAAGCACAAAGAACCCCCUGCAGUGGCAGACCAUUUCUCUGACCGUCAUCGAAAAAGUUCAGAUAGCAGCAGCCAUCUUGGGGUCCCUUUUUCUUAUUGCCAGUAUCUCGUGGCUUAUCUGGUCAACUUUCAGUCCAUCUGCUAAGUGGCAGCGGCAAGACCUGCUCUUCCAGAUCUGUUAUGGGAUGUAUGGCUUCAUGGAUAUUGUCUGUAUAGGUCUCAUAAUACAUGAAGGACCCUCGGUUUACCGGAUUUUUAAAAGGUGGCAAGCAGUCAAUCAACAGUGGAAAGUUCUGAACUAUGACAAAACAAAGGAUUUGGAGGAUCAAAAAUCAGGGUCUAGGAGCAAUCAGCGAACCUCCUCUCAGAUCAACCAUUCAUCCUCCACUAAUGGCGCGGCCAGCAACUCCGCUGUAGGAGACAGUGUUGCCCGAGGAGCUGGUCAUGCCACGGGUACUUUGUCUGAUCAUCACUGUGCUUAUACCAUCUUGCAUAUACUCAGCCAUCUGAGGCCUAACGAACAGAGAAGCCAUUCUAGCACAAACAGAGAGCUUGUCAUGAGAGUCACAACAGUCUAG